AUGUACGUUGUUCAUGUUCAGCUAAACACGUCCGGUCUAGACUCGCUCCGUCUGCCACCUUAUGUUCAAAGUUAUGCUUUGACAAAUGAAACACGGAUCAGAAAUCCACAAUCUAUCCGUGUCAAAAAUCUCGUAAAUGGGUUUCAGUACAGAUUUCGUGUUGCAGCUAUUGGUCUGGAUGGAACGGCAAUUAUGUUUGGGGAGUGGACGCCAUGGUAUUCGACAAGUGAAUUUUGCAAGCGAACGUAUGGUCUUGUCUCACGAAGAAAAAUUUUGUUUGGACCACUAAAGAAAGUGAACAUUACCUUUCCAUGUGCCGUUGGACAAAUGUCAAUGAGUGUGUCCUUAAAAGUUCAAGGAAGGUUACCUGUGGUGUUGGAUGCUACUUUGCAUUGGCAAUAUCCUACCAAUAUCUCAGCCCUUAAAGGCGACACAAUCCAAGUCAUCGUGAGCCAACUUCAAGACGAUGAUAAGGACAGGAAUGAGUUGUGUUCAUACUAUCACGAAGACAGUUUUUCAAAUGAAUUUCCUUAUCAAGUAAAAAAAUCGAUUCACUUCGGUUGUACAUAUUCUGUCAAGUUUUCUGUAAAAGACGCCGCUACAAAUAGCUUCGAAUCGACGACAAUUUUCAGAAUUCCAGAAUGUCUGCAAAAUGUAUCAUCUUGUCCUGUACCAAAAACUACACGAACGAAUAACACAUCAACUGUCAUAUCAGAAAAAAUAUCUCUCAACAAUAAAACAAACUCGUCCUUCGAUGUUGAAGUUACAUGGAAUGCUGAGAGAUGGAUUAAGAUGGAAACAAUAGAUUUUUAUCGCUUGACGAUAGAAGAAAGGCAAGACCAUUCCAACUUUAGGACAAGCAGGGUUUCUGCAAAUGAAAAUAUUAACAACUAUCAAGUUGACUUGAAAGACCUGUCAGAAGGAGAAUACAGACUUGAGAUCGAGGCCUAUCACGGAAUCAACUGUCUCCAUGACAUCAUCCAGCAAAAGUUUCUCCAAAUAAGAAGACCUUGCGGAGAAGGCUGCAUGGAAAACGCAACGUGCUUGCCAGCAAAUGUUUUUGAUGGAACUGCAGUCUGCAAGUGUAAGGACGGUUUUACUGGCGACGGUAAAACAUGCAAAGUAAGAAGACCUUGCGGAGAAGGCUGCAUGGAAAACGCAACGUGCUUGCCAGCAAAUGUUUUUGAUGGAACUGCAGUCUGCAAGUGUAAGGACGGUUUUACUGGCGAUGGUAAAACAUGCAAAGAGAUUGUGUUUACGGCGUCUAAUAAGAAAAAAGAAGAUGAUAGCAAACUUCUCCCUAUUCUUUUACCGAUAUUGGCCAUAGCUUUGAUAACAGCAUUGAUUUUGGUAGCGUUUGCAUGGAGAUUAAAGAGGAAAAAAGAGAUGGUGUUGGAAGCAUUUCAAAAUAAUCAAUCUGGGAUUCCACCAUCAGAAUCCAACUCUCACCUAUACCACUAUUUUCCACCACGUUCCAAUCUCGGUGAUGGUUCGCUAAAAGUAAAUCAAGUUGAUCUGAACGAUAAGGAAGUCAAUCUCAUAUAUGUUCCUCAGGAAAUUCAACAUGCCAUAUCUAAUGGUCUCACCGAUGGUUACGAAUUCAACGCCGAACAAAUCAAGUUUGAAGAAUGUCUUGGCAAGGGUGCGUUCGGUUUCGUUCAUCGAGCGAGAGCCCUUGGAAUAACCGCUGAACCAGAGUGGACGCUGGUUGCGGUAAAACUCUAAACGAACCUGUCACGGAAAAAUCUGCGGAAGACUUUAUCGGUGAAAUAGAGCUGAUGAAAAAGCUUGGAGAACACGAAAAUGUUAUAGAAAUGCUUGGCUGCUGUACAUUGACGUUGCCCAUUUGCUUGAUAAUAGAGUAUGCACCACACGGUAACCUGCUGGAUUACAUUAAAGCUGUGAAAGCAAAGUUAUCGAACCAGAACCCUCCAGAGAACGAUCAAAAGGAAGACGCCGAAGAGCUGUCAUUGGCAGGCAAAGAG